AUGGAUGUAUUACUCAUCAACUCUACUUCUGAUCAGGAGGAAGCCAAUGAACCCAGCGAAUACGGCGCUGACCCCAUUUCCGAUGACGUCAUAAGCUUGGUAUACCUGGCGUUAUCCAUCUCUGCCCAUGGGAUCGUGUCUUUGAUCGGCUCUGCCAUGAAUCUUUGCAACAUAGUCGUAUUGGCCAAGUUGGGAUUCCCGAACGCCAACAGCAUUGGCGUGUUCGCCUUGUCCAUUACUGACCUUCUGGUGACGGUCCUUCAGCUUGCGAUGUGCAUUUGUUAUUUUCUAGAUGAGAUCAGUUCAGGGGAGGAAACCAGUCUGAGAGUGAUAGGAAACUUCGAGUUGGGCUGGAUGCGAUACGCCUGUUUCUUCAUAUCAGGAUGGAUCACGGCUUUGCUGUCUCUGGAAAGAUGCUGCUGUGUGGUAAUGCCUUUCACUGUGAAAAUAUUGUUCACCAAAUCGAGAAUCAAAGUGGCGGUGGUCAUCUUCUAUGCUUCUUACACCGCGUUCAUCCUGCCGUUUUACAUAGUACAAAAGCUGAGUUGGCAGACAUUCAGAUAUGUAGAUACACAGAAUGUCACGCAGGUACGGUAUUUUCUGGUGUUUGAAUACACUGAAGAAUUUAUACUGCUACAAACGUUUAUAAUUAGCAUCGGAGUUGUCGCACUUUUCUUCCUGUGCCAGAUCAUACUGGUCAUCUGUACAGUGGUUAUGAUCUACGCCCUCAGAGAAUCUUCAAAGUCUCGGCAUUCGAUCUUAAGGCACGACGUCUCUAAAACACCGACAUUUUCUUUGAGCGCCAAAGAGAGGAGACUGAUCCUAGUCACACUGGGGCUGGCCUUGAUUAGCACAGCUUGCAAUCUACCACGGUUCGCUGACCAUGUUAUGAGGUAUGUGAUGCCUGGCAUGGCAUCAGGAAUGUACGCCAACCUUUCAGGUCUGCUGUGGGCGGUUUCGGACGUAAGUGGGACACUCAACUGCUCCUGUAGUUUCUGUGUCUACUGGACACUUAAUCACAAUUUUCGACGCUGUUUCUUUCAUAUGAUGAGCAAAUUUGUAAAUCGAACCAAAUGA